GACCUGUCGCUGUAGCAUUCUGUGAGGCAAGGGGUGAAGGCGAGCAAUGUAAGAGUCAGGCUGGAGGUGUGUCGGGGUAUAAGUAUAUCACACCGAAUUGGAUUCAUUCACUAGAAAAAUACAUCCACCAUGGCAAAAUAAUAUCCCUGUAACACGGAAGAGACGCAAAGUCACUGUCGUGACCGCGAAGUUUUCAGUCAGGGGAAGGCAACGGUUAGCCUGGGAAGCUAGCUACUGUAGCUAACGCGUUACAUAUACUCGCUUUUGCUAGCAACUGACCUCCACAACACGGCGCAUUGGUCUAGUGAUCAAUAAGUUACCCAUUCCUUGUCGUCAGCCCCCCUUGUCUCCUGACCCAAAGUGGUGCCCUGCGUCCGGGUCCUGGGAAUAUGAGACAGAAUGAGUCAGAGAGAUACCCUAGUUCAUCUGUUUGCUGGAGGGUGUGGGGGAACGGUAGGAGCCAUCCUGACCUGUCCCCUGGAGGUGGUGAAGACCAGACUACAGUCAUCCCACAUCACACUCUACGUGUCUGGGGUGCAGCUCAGUACCGUCAAUGGGCCCAGCGUAGCACGCAUGUCCCCUCCAGGACCCCUGCACUGCCUCAAGUUGAUUCUUGAGAAAGAAGGAGCCCGCUCUCUGUUCAGGGGCCUGGGGCCGAAUCUAGUGGGUGUGGCCCCCUCCAGAGCCAUCUAUUUUGCUGCGUACUCCAGUGCCAAAGAGAGACUGAAUGGAGUGUUUCAGCCGGACUCCACACAGGUCCACAUGGUAUCUGCUGGCUUGGCAGGGUUCACAGCCAUCACAGCUACCAACCCUAUCUGGCUCAUCAAGACUCGCAUGCAGCUGGACUCCAGGAACCGCGGGGAGAAGCCCAUGAAUGCGUUUGAGUGUUUGCGGCGGGUGUACCAGACAGAAGGCCUGCGAGGGUUCUACCGGGGAAUGUCAGCGUCCUACGCUGGAAUCUCAGAGACUGUAAUCCACUUUGUCAUCUAUGAGAGCAUCAAGCGGCGCAUCCUGGAGGCCAAGGCAGCGCAGCACAUGGAUGAGGAGGAGGAGGCGUCCAAGGACGCCUCGGACUUUGUGGGGAUGAUGCUCGCCGCCGCCACCUCCAAGACCUGUGCGACGUCCAUCGCUUACCCCCAUGAAGUGAUCCGGACCCGGCUACGGGAGGAAGGCACCAAGUACCGUUCCUUCUUCCAGACUCUGACCACGGUUCCCAAGGAAGAGGGCUACCGGGCGCUGUACCGCGGCCUCACCACCCACCUUGUGCGCCAGAUCCCUAACACCGCCAUCAUGAUGUGUACCUACGAGCUAGUGGUCUACAUGCUGAAUGGUUAACCUCUGACCCUUGACCCAAGAUGAAAUCCCAGAGAGAGAUGGGCCGACGUGGACGGAUGGCAUAAAGAGACCCCAGAGAAAUUAAACGGGAGAGGGACCAGAGACUGUCAUCUCUCCCACCUCCAGUCCCUCCAUCCUGUUUUUCUAAAACUAAAGCAAAUUGUCCCAAAAGCACCUGUUAUUUUGGGAUGGGGAGUUGGGUUGUUUUCAGGGGUGCACGACACAGGAAGAGGGGUUGGUAGACAGGAAAUCAAUGUUUGUUUUGGGGAUAUGGUUUAAAGUUGUUUAAAAAGAAGCUGUCUCAUUGAAAAUGAGCCCUUUCUCUCACUCUCUCUCAUUUUCUUGCCCUCUCUUCUUGUCUCUCCUAAAUAAGCGCAUAGCUUACUGGAGCAGGUACAUUGGGGAGAGCACUCAAGCUAGUUUAGAGUCUAACAAUGCUAAUAAUUUCUCUGGUUUGUGUGUCAAGGGGGCAAUUGGUAGUAGAGGCUUGUUGAGUGCAGGGAGGUCUUGAGGUGAGGAUAGUGUUGGAGUGAGGUGGAUGGGGGAUGUGCCUUGCAUGACGACUUCAACUGACCUGUACAGAUGCAUAAUAAUGAUAUGUGGGGAAGCAAAGUUUAGACCAGCCCUGGUUUCUGGAUCUCAGUAGACCACAGUUGGACCGCAGGCAUUCAGAACCACACACAGUGCUGGUCGGGUCCACUUUGUACUCAGGACGAAGCCUGGUCCUCUCCACCCCAUUUGGUCAACAUGCACAGGGGCUAGUCCACUCUGACAGGCCUAACCUAACCUAGGAGACUGGCUUGCCCUGACUGACAUCCUGACUAACACUAGACAUUGAUACUGGAAGAAACAUGCAGAAGUCUUUACUGUACGGCCUGGUCAGAGUGGACAGCACUUUGGGCUCUUUCUGUGUGCAUUCUGUAAAGUGAGUUGGGUGACCAUAAGUACCUCUGACCCACUCCCUCAGCACCCAGACUGACCAGAAUCAUCCGCCCUUUUUAACUACUUGAAUCUUAACCAACUCAAGGAAUAACAAACUAAAGACUAUGGGAGCAUUGUCUCUCGUCAGAAGCCAUCGCGCUAUCUGAAGUGAGACUCUGCUAUGAUAGUGAAACAACCACCAACCUUGUGAAUAUACUAAGAAUGGAAAAAAUAUUAACAGAAAAUCAAUAACUUAACAAGACAAUUUUAUACACUGAACAAAAAUAUAAACGCUACAAUUUUACUGAGUUUACAGUUCGCGUAAGGAAAUCAGUCAAUUGAAAUAAAUAAAUGAGGCCUUAAAUCUAUGGAUUCCACAUGACUGGGCAGAGGGCGCAGCCAAUCCGAAUGAGUUAUUCUCCAAAAAAGGGCAUUACCAAGGUGGCUGGUCUCAGGCGAUCCCGCAGGUGAAGAAGCCAGAUGUGGAGGUCCUGGGCUGGUGUGGUUACACGUGGUCUACGGAUGUUAGGCCGGUUGGAUGUACUGCCAAAUUCUCUAAAACGACGAAGGCGGCUUAGGUUUGAGAAAUUAAAAUUCAAUUCUCUGAACACCUCUAGUGGAUAUCCUUGCAGUCAGUGUGCUAAUUGCACACUCCCUUAACGUGAGACAUCUGUGGCAUUGUGUUGUGGGAUUAUCUUGGCGAAUUAGAAAUGCUCACUGACAGGGAUGUGAACAAAUUUGAGAGAAAUAAGCUUUUUGUGCAUAUGGAACAUUUCUGGGAUCUUUUAUUUCAGCUUAUGAAACCAACACUUUACAUGUUGCGUUUAUAUCUUUGUUCAGUAUAAUAAUGAUUAAAUGGUAUAUAUUCAUGUCUUCAUAAGAUGUAACAUUGUUGAAUUUUUCUGCCCAGUCAUGGGAGCGUAAACUAUAUGUUUUGGGGGAAAUUCAGGGUGAACCUCUGAACCCCCAAGGUUUCCUCCCCCAAGGUUUCCUCUCCCCCUUAGACAAAUGUGUGAUUCUUUAUGCACUUUUCUGUAGACCUGCUCUGACCUACAAUUGCAUCUCUUAUUUCUCUGCCUCAGCAUCCAAGCAAGUGUUACAGAUGAGACAAUCCUCUGUCCAGUGUUCACUUUGGAGGUGUGUUGUUGUACAGUUUAGUCUGCGUGUGAGAAUAGAUGGGAUAUUCAAGUGUAUGUGAUGCUACACGCUACAGAGACCCUAUGUUUCUAUCUCUAUACUUUAUGCAGUAUAUGUGUAGUUAGAAGAAAAAAGACGGCGUUUCAAACCCGAUUUUCUAAAAUGUUUCAUUUUGAAACGUCUUUUUCUGGUUUGUUUUGUUUGAUUUCUAAUCGGACUGUUUUUUGAUGGAAAACAAAAAGAUGCUCUCUACCUACUUCACCUCCAUUUUAUUUAGCUGUUUUUCCUGUUAUUUUGUUUGAGUUCUGUUUCAAAAUGACGAUGUUCAUCUCCUUGUCUACCUGUUGUUUACAUUCAGCUGUGUGUAACCAUAGACGCCCUCACCUACUGACCUUUCCCCGCUCACAUGAUAUGAGCACAAAGAGCCUUUCCAGCACAUGUAAGCUUCACUGCAGCCAUUCACUGAAAUAUCCACAGGUCACACUAAUGCUAGAAAUAAGAAUUAGGUUUUAUAACAGUUCCUUAACAGAAAAUGGCUGUAUUGCUACUCAAUAUUCACUCUGGAACCCAGAAAAUUAAGACUGUAAUGACUGGAGCUGUAUUAAUAUCUAGAUAAAAGAAAACCAGCUACAGUUUGAGAUGUGUGCAUUGUUCAAAUGCACCUCUUCACUCUCCAUGCCAACAGAUCUGGGUGACAUGGCUGAGACAAUCAUGAAGGCUGUAGAAGCAACUAAUAACCCCACUAAAACAACUAAGGCUGUAUGUAGUAAGCACAUUCUAAAGAGGGUCAACGGUGAAGUCCGCUUGUGUUCCGCAAACAAAACAACCUGUACCUCUGAGUGACUACACCAAGGGUUUCAGAGCCCCCUCCUCAGGGACCACUGGACCUUUCACAUAUUUGUUGUAGCCCUAAACUGGCACACCUGAUUCAAUUAGUCAGCUAUCACCAAUUGCGUUGUGCCAAUUCGGGGCGCCAACACAUCUGGUGGUCCCUGAGGAGAGGUUUGGGAAGUAUUACUCUACACCAGGGAUGGGCAACUUUGAUGGGGGUGGGGGCCACUAAAUCUGAACUCAUCAUGAGGGGCCACAUUUGCUCACAGGUCUGUGUACCUACAUCCCCCAAAAUAUUAAAACACUUAUUGCACACAGUCCAUGCAACUUAUGUGACUUGUUAAGCUAAAUUGGAUUAAUGCAGUGUAGUAACAUAAUGAGUUGGGAUUAUGGUUCUUUGUUUACCUAGCUAGCUACAUGUCUUAACAAAAGAAUCAACUAUGCAAGUAACCAUUUCGGGUGCGUUCGUAAAUUCAGUCUGGCCAUCUACUCUGAUUUCAGAGCACUAAUCGGAAUUGUGCCAGACCGCAGAAUAACUGAUGAAUUAACGAACACUCAACACCCGUUGAAUAUGGUUUGUGUCUGUAAACGUCUGCAAAAAAGCAUAAUGAAAUUGUUGCCAGCAGCACAGUUUCAGUCACCAACGCUCUAGAUAACAUGAAAACAGUCUAACCAGCUCUGCGAGGGCGAGUAAAAUGGUCAGAGUGGGGUGUUCUCAUGUUUGUCUAGAAGUAGCUAGCCAACUUUAGCUUGGGUGCUUGACUGCCGUUGUAUGUUCGGAUCAACCCUACUCCUCGGGCCGGGGCGUCCAGUGUACGCUCCGAGUGCGAAACGCUCUGAAUUUAUGAAUGGACAGCACAGUUGCACAGUAUCUGGCAGCACAGAUGCAGCCACUAACGCUCUGGAUAACAUAACAGCCCAACCAGCUCUGCUAGGGCGAGUAAUGUUCAGUGAGCUAUUCUCUCAUUUGUGUCUGGAAGUAGCUAGCAAGUCAGCUUGGGUGCUUGACUGCUGUUAGUACAGAAUGCUCAGAUCAACCCUUAAAGAUGGGUGGGGCUAAAGCUUAAGAGGGUGUGAACGAUGCUGAAUGGGUGGAGACAGACAAAGGGCUCUUCACCAGAUACCAAAACAUUCAAAGGCCAUUUUCUCAAAAGUGAGUUAACAAGUUUAUCAACUUCCAAAGCUAAAUUACUUCCCCAUUAUUCCUCAACUGUAGUGUCUGAUAUAUACUUUUGUAGCUCUGAGUCUCUACUUUUAUCCAAUGUAUAAAAAAAAAACACGAUUUCAAAUUUUGCUACAUAAGACCGAUUUGAGCCAGUCGGUCACAAAUGUUCACUCCUAGACUUGCCAUAACAAAGGGGUUGAAUAGUAUUGACUUAAGACAUUUCAGCUUUUAAUUUUGUAUUGAUUUGUAAGCAUUUCUAAAAACCUAAUUCCGCUUUCACAUUAUGGGGUAUUGUGUUUAGGCCAGUGACACAUCUCAAUUGAAUCCAUUUGAAAUGGGGCUGUGUGUUGUGAGAAAUGUUUGGAGUUUAUAAAACAUCUGAGGAGGACUGACCAACACAUUCUCUGGGGGCCACCCAGCCAGUAAUUCUACCAUAAUUACUAAGUAUAGCUGGCCGUUCCACCACUGCUGACGUCAGUGGUGGAAAAAGUACCCAAUUGCCAUACUGAGUAAAGAUGCCUUAAUAGCAAAUGACUCAAGUAAAAUACUACUAGAGUAAAAGUCAAAGUAUUUUGGUUGAAAUAUACUUUAGUAUCAAAAGUAAAAUAAAUAUUUUCACAUUCCUUAUAUUAAGCAACCUAGCCAGCACAUUUUUUUAUUCAUGGAUUUUAUUUCAUUAUUAUUUAACUAGGAAAGUCAGUUAAACAAAUUCUUAUUUAGAAUGACAGCCUACCCCGGACAACGCUGGGCCUAUUGUGCGCCGCCCAAUGGGACUCCCAAUCACGGCCGGAUGUGAUACAGCCUGGAUAGCCAGGGGCACACUCCAACACUGACAUUUAGUGAGUCUCAGAUCAGAGGCAGUUGGGAUAUUCUCUUUUAUAACUGUUUGAAUUAGACCAUUUCUGUACUAUGUAUUGAACAUGUAACAAGUACUUUUAGGAGUCAGGGAAAAUGGAGUAAAUUAUCUUCUUUAGGAAUGUAGUGGGGUAAAAUAGAAAUAGUAUAGAUACUCAAAGUACUUUACCCCACUGUCUGACAUGGCCUAAUUGAGUGACUGUCAGUGACUGACAUGAGAGAAACUGCUGAUGCACAACAUUUUGAAAUUGUACAAAUUCAAACUGUCAACAGUAAGUUGAGACCCAGAGUGAGUUUCCACUAAUAUAUUCAGGGAGCUCAAAGUAUUGGGAUAGUGACAAUUUGUUGUUUUGGCGCUGUACUUUGAAAUGAUGCAGUGGUUGUGAGGUUAAAGUGCAGACUGUCGGCUUUAAUUUGAGGAUAUUUUCAUCCAUAAUCGGGUGAACAGUUUAUAAAUUACAGCACUUUGUACAUAGUCCUUCAAUUUUAGGGGACCAAAAGUAUUGGGACCAAAUCACUUGUGUAUUAAAGUAGUAAACAUUUUAGUAUUUGGUAAUAUAUUCAUAGCAUGCAAUGACACCAAGCUUGUGACUAUAAUUGGUUGGAUGCAUGCUGUUUGUUUUUGGUUGUUUCAGAUUAUAUAUCAUUCAUUUAUAUUGGGCAAAAAUUAAUGUAUUGCCAUUUGAGUCACUUAUCACAAAUAAUAGAAUAUAUUUCUAAACACUUCAGGAUAAUCCUGAAUAAAUCGUGAAUAAUGAGCAAGAAAGUUAAGCACAAAUAUCACUCCCCCCCCCCAAAAAAAUGCUAAACUCCCCUUUUAUUGUAAUGGUGAGUGGUUAGUGUUUCUUGUGGGUAUGAUAUUUGUGCAUCCAACUCUGUCAUCAUUUUUCACGACUCAUUUAGGAUACACAUAUGAAUUUGUCCCAAUAGUUUGUUCCCCAUUUUUAUGGGACCAUGUACAAAAAGUGUUUAGAAUUUAACUGUUCAUCCAAUAUGCAUGAAAAUACUCUCAAAUUAAAGCUGACAGCCUGCACUUUAACCUCAGUAAUUGCAUCAUUUCAAAUCCAAAGUGCUGGAAUACAGAGCCAAAACAACAAGUCACUGUCCCAAUACGUUGGGCGUUCUCUGUAUAAUCCAUUUUUAUUGAUCCCUGCUCUACACGUACAUACUUCUACUCUGGGUGUAUCGCUGUGUGUUUAUAUCUAGAGACAUUUGGUACACAGUUCCUUCACAUGGGUCCGUUCUCACUUUGUCCUUGAUUUUCUGAAUGAUUUCCGUUCCAUAUGAUUGUCAUCAUGCCCUUCUGUUUUGUAGGUGUGAGAGAGACCCUGUAGGGGUGGGUGUGUCCUUUAGAAGUAUGUACCCAGUCUAUUAAUUACUAACAGUGUGUUCCUUUUCCAUUUAUUUCCUCUAAUUUGUAUUUGUUCAUGUUUCUGACGAGCCUCCUAGAUGUGUGGCUGACUAUGCAUUCUCUUCACCCCUAGUUUGUAAAACAAAUCUAUUAAAAAAUAAGUGGUUGGAGA